AUGCCGUCCGACGAGAACGACAAGGCCCACGAGGAGGUUCCCAGCACGCAGGGCGACGUCGAGAUGGAGGAAACCGACAAUCCCGUCCAGAUUGUAGAGGCUUCCAACCCAGAAGAAGGCGGCGAGCGCGCUCCGCCAGCGGCGGUGAACGUGGAAGAUGUCGACGCAGAGGCCGAUCCGGUGGACGAGGAGGAGCGCAAGUCAUUUGCGAGCCACCUGAAGAGCCCCAUCGUCACCCUCGUCGUCGGCAAGGAGGAGCCCGCAGUCCUGAAAGCGCACCAGGAGUUCCUCGUGCGAAGCCCGUACUUUGACGACAUCUGCAAGACCUUUGCCGAAGACGAAAGCAUACCUCGCUCAAUCGACCUCCCAGACGAAGACAUCGAUGCCGUCGGCUGCUUCCUCGAAUUCUUGUAUACCGGGGAAUAUUUCCCCCGCAAGCUGCCCGGCCAGCGAAGUCUCGAGCACGAUCCCUCCGUCCUGGCGGUCGACGACUCGGGCAUCCAGCUGCUCAGACACGCAAGGAUCUAUACCCUGGCCCAGAAAUGGGGCGUCGCCGCGCUGCAGACGCUCUCUUCAUCCAAAAUCUACUGCAUCAACUCCACCGUCAAAGGCGAGAUCGAGUAUGCGCGCUACAUUUAUGCCCACACCGCGGUCGACGAUACGACGAUCCGUGCGCCCGUGGCCAACUUCUGGGCUACAAGGUCGCAUACGCUGCGGUCCGAGGCGGAAGACGAAUUCAAGGCGCUGUGUCUGGAGUUUCCGCAGUUUGGUUUCGAUAUCUUGACGCGUGUGUUGGACGACAAGCUCAAGAGGGAGCGCAACGAAAAGAUGCACCCUUCAUCUGGCAGUGUUCGCAAGCGUCCUCGGCACGGCAGCGGUGUUGUGUAA